AGUCCGAACGCUGCACUUGGUGCUGCGGCUGCGAGGAGGAAUCAUCGAGCCUUCUCUCAUGGCGCUCGCUCGCAAGUACAACGCCGAUAAGAUGAUCUGCCGCAAGUGCUACGCUCGCCUGCACCCGCGCGCUGUGAACUGCAGGAAGAAGAAGUGUGGCCACACCAACCAGCUGAGGCCCAAGAAGAAGAUCAAGUAG